AUGGCAGACACUGAUACCAUGGACUCCAAAGGGAGGGAGGAGUUGGACCCUACCUCCCAGAAUACAAAGGAGGAAAGGAAGCAGUUUCGAAUAGUCAAACCAAAAACACGCAAGCUCAAACCUUUGUUUGAAUCAGAUUCACAGAGUGUGGAGGAGGGAAGGAAUCGUAAAGAUCAAAUUCAUCACAGUCGCACAUCUUUGACUGCCCCAACACAAGCAAAAAUAUGUUACUUCUACAAAGAUGAUGAUUACACUUUCAAGUCAUUGAAAGUAGCAGUCAGUGACCGUAAAUACAAGAGAUUUGAUUCCCUCUUUAGUGAAUUAACAAAAAGAAUGCCAGGUUUAAACUAUGGUGUUAGAAGCAUUUUCACACCACGAGGAAAAAACAGAGUUGAAAGUUUCGAUCAGUUGACGAAUGAGCAAAAAUACAUCUGUUCAACUAAGCGACAUACACUGAAAGGUUUGGAUUUAGACAGACUAGAUAACCGUGAAAUGUGGCACUCAACUCGUCCUCCAAGUGGACGUAGGGCAUAUAACCGUCUGGUGAGGGACUCUCGGUUACGAGAAAGUAAAGUGAGAAAAACAGGAAAACGAGACCCUCAGAUGGCAUAUGCUUAUUAUUAUUCCAUGCCUAAAAAAGUUACCAUUAUGAGGAAUGGAGACCCAACAAAUCGUCAUGUCAUGAUAUUUAACAGAAAGACUGCCCAGACAUUUGACCAAGUGCGAGAUGACAUGGGAGAUGUAGUGAAAUGUUCAGCCAUGAGAAUUUACACCAUUGAUGGAAAGGAGAUACGGAAUUUACAGCAAUUGAUGAACGGCCCAGAUGUAAUGAUAGUAGGAGGUAAAGAACCAUUCCGUCACAUGGAGGGGGUUUCAUUCACACCUCGACAGUCCAGACUCGCCUUUUCUCGUGGGGGCCUCAGCACUCGAGGAGGGUCUGACAUGAUUGCCAGGAAAAUGCAAGAACGAAGAGAGAGAUUAAAGAAAACUCAGGGUAAAUGGAAGGUCCUAGUCCAGACCAACAAACACCCGUCUACUGGAACACCAGCUCAAGUAACGCUGACUGUGUAUGGACACAAGGGAAAUUCUGGACCCAUUGCUCUUGGAAAUGGAGAUGGCACCCAAUUUAAAAGUGGGAACAUGGAUACAUUUGAUGUGUCUGUAGGAUCAAUAGGAGAGAUAUACAAGAUUCGCAUUGGACAUGACAACUCUGGAGACAACCCAGGAUGGCUCUGCGAUGAGGUAAAAAUGAUGGACACACACAGUGGUGAAGAGCUGAGAUUUGAGUGUCACAGGUGGAUGGCUCGAGACGAGGAUGACAUGGAGAUCUGUCGAGAAAUGCCUGCUGUGCGUAAGAGGGAGCCCAUACUACCAGUAAUACGAUACGAAGUGUAUAUACACACAGGAAGUCUGUGGAAUGCUGGGACAGAUGCAAAUGUGUACAUGACCAUAUAUGGUGAUCGAGGAGAUACAGGUGUAAGGCAGCUGUUUGCUGAAGCCAAGACCUCAGUGUUUCGACAAGGCCAGGAGGAUAGGUUUACAGUGGAGGCAGUCAGCCUUGGACGUCUAAAAAGGGUCAUUAUUGGCCACGACGGAACAGGCUCUGGAAAUGGCUGGUUUUUGGAGAAAGUUGUGAUCAGGGAACCAAAUAGCAAGGCCACAGAUGACUACUCCUUCUACUGUGGAAAGUGGUUAGAUGAAGGAGAAGAUGAUGGGAAAAUUGUGAGAGAGCUGAAAGUUCAGGAAGAAUACAUGGAUGACAUACUAGAAAAACGAAAUUGGGAGUAUGAGAUGUGGAAGUUCCAGAAAGACAGCAAGGUCAAAUUCUACAGUUUAGUCACACACAAAGCUGUCCGUAUAAGACCCAACCUCACAGUUGAUGCGCUAGCUGAUGAUCAAGACAAUGAUGCAGUGUUCAAUGUGGUUGUGAAGAAAAAAUCUAUGGUGAGAGCAUUCAGUAGUGCAACAAAACCCAAGAACUUCCUAGCCAUCGACAAUGGCAAGAUCACCAUGCAGGGUAUGGGAGGACCAUAUUGUGAAUUUCGGGUACGUGUCCAAAAUGACUGGUCAGUGAUGCUGGAGUCUAUUAAGAAUCCUCUACAAUUUGUCACAUUUGGUGAAGAUGGUCAACCCGAUGAUGUGCGAGGCAUUCUUGAUAAGGACCCGACUCGAAGAUUCUUUGUUUACACUAAGGGAAUGUUUCGUCACCGUGGUGUGAUCAUGCUGUGUUCCUCCUUUACACAAGCCAUCACAAUCAACCAUGACUACACCAUGCAGGCUACUGGAAAACAAAACAAAAUGGCACAGUUCAGGGUUCACAAGAUCUCUACUGGAGGUGUUCGCAUGUUUGAGAGCAUGAUGAGCCCUGGAAAGUUUAUACGCAUGAAAGAUGGCAAAAUUGAUUCAUUGGGUGAGCGAGAUGAGUACUCUCACUUCAUAGUUGAAAAGCAUCGUGACCUGGGAUACGUAUCACUCCAGUCAGGUACACAGCGUGGCUUGUAUCUCGGGAUGAAGCCAGAUGGUCGUAUAUGGCCCACAGUGGAUACAGGUGUCAACAAUAUCUGGUUGUACCCUUCAGUCAUUGAAUUUGGUGUCCCGAAGAUACGAAGCACAGAACAGGUUGAGGAGAAUGCCAUGAUGCAAGCCAGACAAACUGACAGUGCCAUGACUGUUGACUACACGCCCACUCCUACUCCCCGUGCAGACUUUGCAGUGGGAGACUGGAGUAUCCAGGUCAGUACCUUGGACACACUACAGGAUGGAGAAGUGGCCCUGGUUGUGUACGGUGACCAUGGAAACUCGGGAGCUAUCCAGUUAGGGGCUCCGGGUAAGGACAUUUUCCAGAAAGGCAACAAGGACGAGUUCAGGGCAAAUCUGCAGAAAGUUGGUACAAUAAAAAAAAUUCGACUUGAACUGACUCCUAAGGGACCUGAUGCCUCCUGGAAGGUAGAAGAUGUUGUGUUUGAGAACUUGGGUUCUGAUGAAGUGCUUGAAUUCCACUUUAAUAAAUGGCUGUCCAACAAAAAAGAGGAUCAACAGAACAUGAGAGAAAUGCCAGCCAUCAAACCCGGCACAGACUCCUUAAGAUUAAUGAAGUAUAAGGUGAUAGUCCAGACCGGAAAUGAGAUUGGUUCAGAAACAGAUGCUACUGUCUACUUCAACCUGUUUGGAGAUGAUGGAGACAUAGGAAAACGUCUCCUGCUUAAUUCCAGCAAUAGGCAGAGAUUCCGACGUAGUCAGGUUGAUGUGUUUGAGCUGGAGGCAGUUUCGAUUGGUCGUCCACAGCGGUGCAUUGUAGGUCAUGAAGAGACAGCUGAUGGUAAGGGAUGGUACUUAGACCAGGUUGUAGUACAGGAGGGAGAUGAUGCACAGGAGAAGUACAUCUUUGAAUGUGACAGGUGGUUGGACACUGGUCAAGAAGAUCGCCGUAUAGAGAGGACACUUACACUCAAGGAGGUGAAACCUGUCGUCAGAUUAGAAAGUGUAGCUGAGACAGCAGAGGAAGAGGAACUAGAACAGGAAGAAAUUCACCCUGAGACUUUCCGAGGUAAUUUGCUUCUGUCUACUGUUGAUAUUCUGUUACAAUCAGAUGGAGACUGGCGGCUGUACCUUACCACAGGGUCUGAUGCUGUUAUGGGCACUACCAACAGUGUCUCCCUCUAUGUUUAUGGGACCAAUGGUGUGAUUGGGCCAAUCUCUCUCGGUCAGGAUGAUGAGGAGCCUCACUUUGGUGCUGGAACAACUGAUGAGUUUAAGGUGUUUAUAGGACCUGAUCUAGGAGACCUUUACAAACUGAGGAUUGGCCAUGAUGACAAGGAUAGCAAGUCAGGAUGGUUCCUUCAAACGAUGAAAAUGAAGAACAUCAGGACAAGUGAAGAACAUGUGUUUAAGGUACAUCGAUGGAUGUCUAGGUCACGUGAUGAUCGUGAUGUAUGUCGGGAAAUCCCUGUGUCCACCAAUGGCAAGCCACUAUUACCAGUGAUCACAUACACAGUCCAAGUAUACACAGGUUCCGAACUCAACUCCAGUACCACAGCUGACGUGUUUAUAUGCAUGCAUGGUCAGCGAGGUGACACUGGCCAACGUAAACUUGUCAAGUCAGAGACAACAGAAUCAGCUGUGUUUCAACAAGGCACUAUGGAUGUGUUCCAUAUUGAGGCUGUGUCGCUUGGUGAGCUGAAGAAAAUUACAAUAGGGCACAAUAAUAGAGGUGCUAACCCUAGCUGGUUCCUUGACAAGGUUGUUGUCAAAGAGGAUGAGGCUGCCACUGCAGAGGAGAUAUUCUUCCCUUGUAACAGAUGGCUGGAUGAGAAUCAGGGAGAUGGAACGUGUGAAGUUGACCUGAUUCCACAGAAACCGACCAAGAAGUCUGAGGGAGAAUACAAAGUAUGGAUAAAGACUGGUGAGGACUCCAAAUCUCCCAAUGGUGGAACUGUGUCAAUGGUUGUAUAUGGAGAAAAUGGCAAGACAGAUCUAGUCAAACUGUUUGCCCCCAAUCCAACUGCCAAAUUGUUUGAACCAGGCAAUAUUGACCAGUUUGAGAUAUCUGUUGGAGAUAUAGGUGACCUGUAUAAGAUUCGUACUGUCAGGGAGGACACACCUAAGUGGGAUGGAUGGUUUCUACGUGAGGUGAAGCUACAGGAUACUGUAACCGAGGAAGAAUUUGUGUUUGGCUGUAACCGAUGGCUGGCUCGAGACAAGGAGGAUUUUGAUCUGGUCAGAGAGUUUCCUGUUGUCAAAGCAGAUAAAUCACCACCUUCUGUGUUUCAUUAUGAAGUUACUGUAUAUAUUGGUGAAAACUGGGCUGCUGGAACAGACUCCAGUGUUUACAUUAACAUCUUUGGAAAGAGAGGAGACAUGGGGCGGAGAUUAUUGUACCACUCCAACUCUAACAAGCAGCCGCUAAUGCGAGGUCAGGUGGACACUUUCUUGUUUGAAGCUGUUGCUUUGGAUGACCUAACACACAUAGAAAUAGGUCAUGACACUAAAGGUCACGGAGCAGGUGUAUUUAUAGACCAAGUGACUGUGUCAGAGACUGACGGUCCUUCCCCGACUCGUCUCUAUGUGUUUCCAUGUAGACGCUGGCUAGAUCAGAGAGAGGGUGACGGUAAGACAUGGAGAAAUCUACCUCUUCUAGACGUCAAAGAUGUCAACAAACCAGCAAAAGAGAAAAACUUGGCCAAGAAAUCUAAGGGGAAGUAUAAUAUUGUGGUAAAGACUAGUGAAGCUUCAGGAUCAGGUACACAUGCCCAGGUUUACAUCACAGCAGAAGGAACCAAAGGCAAGGCUGAACGAUUACCACUGGGCGAAGUGACUGAAGAUAAUAUCUUAUUUGAUGAGGGCGUCACCUCGGAGUUCAAUUUAGACUUCGGUGAUAUCGGAGACCUGACAAAAAUCCAGCUAGACCAUGACAACCAGAAUCCUAAUCCCAACUGGCAUGUUGACUGGAUGAAGCUGUCAGAUAUUGACACAGAGGAGGAGCUUGAAAUAUUCGUGGACCGCUGGUUUGCUCGGGACGAGGAUGAUGGUCAGAUAUCACGAGAGUUUCCCAUUGUCAGGAAAGGAAAGAUACCACUUCCUGAGAGACAAUACGUCAUUGAGAUACAGACCGGUAAUUACCCAGAAGUAUCUGUGACUCAAGGAAAGGCCUUCCUGACUCUAACAGGAAGUGAUGGGAACACGGGGAAACGCCCCUUAGACACGCCCUUCUUCAACAGUUCUCAGCUGUGGAGACCAGGGCAGGUGGAUGUGUUCAUUAUAGAGGCUGUGUCUGUAGGCAAACUACAGACGUUACAGCUUCAGUUUGAAGGCAAAGGCAAAGACAAAGUUUGGUAUGUGGAACGUGUCAGUGUAUUUGAGGGUCUCAGUGCAGUAUCUCAGAUUGUGUUCAACUGUCAACAAUGGAUUGAUGUCAAUGCUGUCAUUCCUGACAAGUUCAAGGUUUCAGGUGAGUUUAGCUUAACAGAAAUAUUGCCAUCCAUUUGUCCGAAUGAGAUCACCCAAAAAUGGUUCAAGGAUGUUCAGCCUCUUAGGUCAAGUGGAGAGUGGUCAUUGUCGGUGUUCUGUGGUCAGCAAAAUUCAGGAGCUACAACAGAAGAGGUCUACUGUGUAGUGUAUGGACUCAAUGGUCAAUCUGAUCCAAUACAUCUGAAUGCUGACCAACAGUUUACACGAGGUGCUGCGGUGAAGUUGGAGGUAAAUCUAGGGGACAUUGGUGCAAUUUACAAAGUGAGAAUGUACUUCGGAGGAGACUACACUGGUGCUGCCUGGUUUCUCAAUAGGUUAAAGCUGAGGGAUCAUGAUACGGGUGAGGAGUUCAGUAUGGUGUAUGAUGGGGAAAUGGAAGGUACAGAGGAAAAUCCUGAUGGCACUCUCGAGUUGGCUGCAAUUAGACCUGACCAGGAGCCUCUACAAGAAAAUGAAUAUACGCUGUAUGUUGCCACGGGUAAUGAAGAACAGUCCGGAACCGAGGCAGAUGUGUUCUGUGAGGUGAUUGGUCAGUGGGGAAACACAGGGAAAAGACUACUUAGGAAGUCAAAAUCUGCUGUUCCAUUUAAACAAAGCCAGGUGGAUGAGUUCACAAUCACUGGCCUUGACCUUGGCGAAAUAAAAAAGAUUUUGAUUGGUCACAGUGAGAGGGGGCGUGGCAAGGGAUGGUUGUGUGCUAGAGUAUUGAUCAAAUCUACACUUAAUCAGGACCUGCGGAUAUUCCCCUGUAACAGGUGGAUGGACACAGGAUGUGAGGACCGACGUCUGGAUCGAGAACUUUUGCCCCUGGGAUUUAUGCCUCUAACACAGUCUCCUGACAGCAAGUCUGAGGGUCAGUGGACAGUUCAGGUGUGGUCAGCUGACCGUAGUCUACUGCCUAAGUCAGCUGAAGAACUAUCUAGCAAGUCUCGGUCAGUGUCACUGACCGCCUAUGGCAUGAAUGAUGUUGAGGGACCUAUAGAACUAAUUAAUGAGCAACAGGAAAGAUUCCUCCCUGGGAUGGUCAACAAAUUCCCGCCAAUAGACCUCAGUAAGAUUGGUGAUCUUCAUAAGAUCCGUGUUAGUUCUGGCUUGGAAGGUGAUCCCAGUCCCGUGUGGACCAUCUCAAAGGUAGUUUUAACAGACACUCUGACAGAAGAGCAGCUGCUGUUUGACUUCUCUGGCUGGGUUGGAGAAGAGGGGGGUGACAUCAGAAAGGAACUACCAGUCAUUAAAAUGGGCAAAGGCUACAAACAAGUGGUACCAUACUAUGUUGAGGUGUAUACUAGUGAGGAGGAGAUGAACGCUGGUACUAAAGCUAAUAUCUUCCUCACACUGUAUGGACAGCAGUUUGACUCCGGUCGCCGACACCUUACCAAGAGUCAAACCAAUAAAUCCAAAUUCCAGACAGGACAGGUAGACAUAUUUAAAUUGGAAGCAGUUGACCUUGGAGAACUUACCAAGGUCGUUAUGGAAAAGGGACCAGGUGACCCUUGGCUUCUAGAAAAGGUCAUUGUGAAGGAGGAAAUGGAUAAGGAAGCUGAGGUCAAUAUACGUACUACCAAGGUGGAGUCCAGCUCUGUGGUGCUGCCAUAUGGUGUUGAUUAUAAUCCUAUAGCAUCAAAGGGAUCAUGGACGGUGGAAACUGAGACUGGUGGACAGAAAGGUGGAGACUCAGCCACUGAUAUAGUCAUGGUGAUGAGUGGUGACAAAGGAGAGUCUGGGCCUAUGUUACUCAAGUCUGGACGAGAAAAUGCCUUCCAGAUAGGAAUGACAGACACAUGUAAGUUGACCUUGUCUGAUGACAUUGGAGAGCUUUACAAAGUGAGGCUUGGUUUCCAGGACAACACCCAGCCUAAAGGCUGGUAUCUACGCAAGAUAAAAUGUGAAGAUAACGACACUGGUGACAUAUUUACUUACGAACUCAAUGAUUGGAUAAUGGUUGAUGAUAAGUUGGAUGGAUGGAGGGAGUUUCCGAUUGUGUGGCCUGCCAUCCUGGUACCUCAAGUGAUGAGAUACCAGGUGUAUGUACACUUAGGACAAGUCCACAAACCUGUGGAUGAUGUGUAUGUCUACCUGUAUGGAGAUAAAGGAGGCACUGGAAAACGAAGCCUUAAACAUUCAUUGUCCAACAACGACAAGUUCCAGCAUAACCAGGUUGACCAGUUUGAAGUGGAGGCUGUAUCCCUUGGAGAUCUACAAAAGGUCACCAUAGGUCAUGGCACUUUGGUUGAAGGUUCUGGCUGGUUCCUUAAAAAGGUUGUUGUCAUGGAGUCCGAUGAGACUGUAGAGGAAUAUGUUUUCACCUGUGAUCGCUGGUUGGAUGCAGGAGAAGAGGAUGGUAAGGUGGAGAGGACUCUGUACCUGAAAGAAGGCUCGGGGGGCAGUCCUUCUCCAGUUCCAGUUGUCCCUGUCCCAGUCAUUAAGGAGAAGGUUGAUAGUCCUAAGCCCGAACCAGAGAAGGUUGAUAGUCCUAAGCCCGAACCAGAGAAGGUUGAUAGUCCUAAUCAGAAAACUGACACACCAGAACCAGAACAAAUGGAGCAGGAGGUCAAGAAAUCACCUACCCCUCCUCCACCUCCUCCUAAAGGAAACCCUUGGUCUGUUUCCACGGUAACAGGCUCGGAGAGUGGACAAGGCACAGUAGCUGCAGUAGCUUUGGUUAUUUAUGGAGAUAAGGGUCACAGUGAACCAGUGGUGAUUGGAGAUGACCCAGACUUCCGAUUCUUUGAGGGGAAGACAGAUGAACAUCAGGUAAGGGUGGAAGCAGAUGUAGGUGCUGUCUACAAGGUGAGAGUGGGGUUCCAUGGUCAGGAACAUGACCUCUCCUGGUACGAGAAUAGUGCUACAGCCCCUUCCUGGUUUGUAGAACAGAUCAAACUGACCAACUCAACAAGUAAUGAUGUGUACACAUUUGAUACGAAUACUUGGGUGAAGUUGGACGGGAAAGAUGAUUUCUGGAAAGAGUUCCCUGUCAAUCAGGAAAAAGAUGAGCUGACAGUGAAACAAUACUUUGUUGAGGUCUACACAGGGGACAAGUUUAAGGCUGGUACUGACGCCAAUGUGUUCCUACAAUUAUUUGGAGAGCGUGGUGAUACUGGCCGUCGCAUGCUCCUUACAUCCAGGAACAACAGUAACAAGUUUGAGCAAGGAUCAAUGGAUGCGUUUGAGAUUGAAGCAGUUGAUCUUGAUAACCUCACAAAGGUCAAGGUUGGUCAUGAUGGAUCUAAUGCAGGAUCAGGAUGGUAUCUAGACAAAGUGGUUGUGAGGGAAUUUGAGUCGGCUAAGGAGAGUUUUGUGUUUCAAUGUGACAAGUGGCUAGACACAGGAGAAGAUGAUCAGGAGAUAGUGAGGGAGCUGAUCUUGUCAGAAGUGACUAUUGAAGAGGAAAAACCCCCGUCUCCUAAAGGUGAUCCCUGGAAGAUUUGCACUGUGACUGGUGACGAGGUUGGACAUGGCACGGGGUCAGCAGCUGUUGUGGUCAUUUAUGGAAGCAAGGGUCAAACUGAACCUAAAGUCAUAGGGGAGAGUGAAGAAUUCAGAUUUGAAACAGGAAAAACUGAUGAAUUUAUGGUGCAUGUGGAGGAAGAUAUUGGACAGGUGUACAAGGUCAGAGUUGGUUUCCAUAGCAAUGAACAUGAUCUGGUGUGGUACGAGUCUCCAGAUAGUGCCCCAUCCUGGUUCCUUAAACAGAUGACAUUGACAAAUAUGAAGUCUGACAUAACCUUGACCUUCCCUGCUGACCAUUGGAUAAAGCUAGAUGGCAAUGAUGACUACUGGAGGGAGUUUGCUGUUACGGCUGAUUCAGAACAGGACCAGCUUACAGUGAAGACAUACAGUAUAGAGGUCCAUACCGGUGACAAAUUCCAGGGAGGCACUGACGCCAAUGUAUUUAUGGAGCUGUUUGGUGAACGAGGCAAUACUGGGCGCAGACGUCUCCUCAAAGCCAAGAACAAUGCCAACAAGUUUGAGCAAGGGGCGAGGGAUCUAUUUGAAAUAGAGGCUGUUGACCUUGGAAAGUUGACCAAGGUCAUGGUGGGCCAUGAUGGUGAGAAUCCUGGGGCAGGAUGGUUCUUGGACAGGAUAAUUGUCUCUGUGUCUGAUAAGCCUGCCCACAAGUUCAUCUUUAAAUGUGACAAAUGGUUGGAUGUAGGAGAGGAGGAUGCAGUGAUUGUGCGAGAGCUGCCCCUCACCAAUGAAGAAGAAGUGCAGCAGGAGACACCCAAACCACCACCCAAAGAGGGUGAUUUCCGUGUCUACAUCAUGACCGGGUCAGUACCCAAGGCAGCAACCACAGCCCAAGUGACCUUGACAGUGUACGGUGAUGCUGGCAACUCCGGACCUCUACAACUUGGCAAAGCUGAUAGUGGACAGUUCCAAGUGGGACAAACAGAUGAAUUUGAUAUCUCCUUGGACCCAGAGGACCUUGGAGAGCUCCGUAAGAUUCGUGUGGAGCAUGACAAUUCUGGACCAGAUCCUGGUUGGUGGCUAGACAAGGUUAUCCUCCAUGACUUGAUGACAGAUGAGAAGCUAUUGUUUGAUGUGGACAGAUGGCUGUCCUAUGAUGACAAGGGCGGAGAUGUGGUGAUAGAAAUCCCAGUGAAACAUCCAAAACAUGAUGCUUGGCCAGUUAACAAGUACGUUGUACAGACAACAACUGGAGACGAAGCUGGGGCUGGGUCUGAUGCUAAUGUUUACAUCAACCUAUUUGGCACGCUGGGUGACUCGGGCAAACGCUACCUGAAAAACAACAGGGAAGGUGGAGAUGCCUUCGAGACUGGAAGGGUGGACACCUUUGUAGUGGAGGCUGUUGAACUUGGUCGCCUGGAGACCAUUGUCAUUGGUCAUGAUUCCUCAGGCUCAGAUCCUUCCUGGCUGUUGGAGAAGGUCACGGUUAUGGAGUCAGAUGAUGCAGAAAAACGUUACUUGUUCCCAUGUGGCAGUUGGCUGAAGGAUGAGAGCAAUGUAGGAUCAGUGGAACUGGAGCUGUACAUGGAUCGAAUGGAAAAGGUGGAAGUUGUUAGCUCUGACCUUAAUGUUAAUGGAGGUCAACGGGAGAAGCCUCAAGAACAGAAACAAGAGGAAGACAUAGAAGGAGGUACAGGAGAGACAGAAGGUGGUGAAGGAAAUACAAAUCAGGAAGAAGAAAAAGAGGGACAAGAGGACAAAGAGGAAGAGAAGUCAAAGGAUGAGGGAGGGACAGAAGGUGGUGAAGGAGAAACACAAGGCCAAGAAAAAAAUGAAGAAGAGAAUCAGGCGGAAAAUAAAGAAGAGACAGAGGAAAACAGGGAUGAAUCAAAACCAGAAAAUACUCAAAAGAAAGUUGACGAUGAGUAA